AUGCGUUUCAAUUACCAGCGUAGUAUAAACCAAUUACUAGUAAGCCUUACGGUACUUUGGCUCGUAGUUUUCAUAUUUUAUGAACGGUAUGUGCCAUACCUAGCAGCAAAAUCAUGUUCCUGGCCAAAAGUUGUGUUAGAGCCACCAGCCAGGGCCGAAGGGCAACAGGACCCUCCACCCGUAGAACCAAUUGUAGUAGAACAGAAGCCUGCUGAAAAGGAACAAAUGGAGGCAGAGUCUCUUCCACAGAACUCACCAGCUGAAGAGGAACAAGCUGAACCUCCUGUGGAAGUAGGAAUUAUUGAACGUUCUGUUGUUGAAGAGGCAGAAAAAUAUAGAGACUUGGAAGACGCCAGAAUCAUGCUUAUUGCUGAUCCACAACUUAUUGAUGCCCAUACGUAUCCUGGUAGAAAUUCUCUCUUGUUGAAGCUCUCUCAGCACACUGUAGAUACGUAUAUCAAGAAAUCGUAUAAUGCCUUGAUGAAAUAUUUAGAACCUGAGCAUAUAUUCUUUCUCGGUGAUCUUUUGGAUAAUGGAAGGGAAUCUGAAGAUGGAUACUUUCAAAGUCAAGUUAAAAGGUUUAAGAAAAUUUUCAAAAAGCAUGAACUGACCUACACCUUCCAUACUAAUGUUCCUGGGAAUCAUGAUAUUGGGUUCGGUGAUAAUGUAAUUGUGAAAAAUAGAGAUAGGUUUGAGGAAACUUUUGGUCAAAUGAAUACACGGUUUACGAUAUGUGAAGUUGAGUUUGUUGCUAUGGAUACUGUAUCCCUAUCAUCGGAUAAAAAAGAGGUUAACGAGAAAGCCUUCAACUUUUUAGACCAUGUCGCUCAGCUCCCCAAGGAACGUCCAAGAAUCUUGUUGACUCAUGUUCCGUUAUAUAGGGAUCCCGAAGUACAAAAGUGUGGUCCUUUGAGAGAAAGUGCAGAAUUCAAAUUGGGUAGUGGAUAUCAGUAUCAAAAUGCGAUUAAUGAAAAACUCAGUAGUGAGAUUUUACAGAAGAUUGAGCCUGAUAUGAUUUUCAGUGGAGAUGAUCAUGACUACUGUGAUGUAACCCACGUAGAAGGUAGAACUAGAGAAAUUACUGUGAAAUCUAUAAGUAUGGCUAUGGGAAUCAGCUACCCCGCUGUGCAGCUUUUAACGUUAGUCUUAGAAAAGGAAUCAAAUCAAGUUCACUAUGAAACUGAAAUAUGCUACUUACCAACGCCGUAUGUAAACAUAUACGUGUAUGUUGUGUUGGCAAUUUUUUCUGGACUCGCUAUCAUAACUUGGAAUAUUAAGCUGAAGUCAGCACAUAAUUCCUAUUCAUCAUUGUCGACCUCAUCGAAGUCCAAGUCCAAGCGCAACACUGCUGGCACCAGCAGCGGUGGAGUUGGUAGUCUAGGAAGCAGUGGCGACGAAGAGCAUGGAACUUCUAUUAAGCUUUCAAACUUUCUCAGGGGACAGGAUUCUGACGAUAACCAAAUUAACUUGACUCCUUUGCCAUUAUACACAUUUACGCAGAAAGAAGGCGAGGGUUCUACCAAGCUUAAGAGAGCUUUUCUUCAAGUUGGUCAUUUUUUGAGAAGAUGGAACUUGAUCGAAUCAUUAAAACAUUCCGCAUUAUUAGGGACUAUUGUCAUUGGUUUAUACUACAUAGGAUUUUGCUGUACAUUAUAG